CCACGGCAUGAACGACACUUCUGACCCGCUACAGCGUCUGGGGGCCUCUCUGUUCUUGACGAUCAUUGCGAAUGCAGACUUCGGGGCUAUUCUUAACGCCGAGCGGGUCUGCCGCUCAUGGCGCGCUCUCAUAGUCAAGCAUACCAAGAGCAUCUGGACAAGGGAAUGUCGCUCGGUCGGGGUGGAGGCGAAGCACAUGGCUUUUCUGGAGGCAUUCGAGAGUCGUCCGGUCCUCAGUUGGUCCGGAGACCCUGACGAGAUGGAGCAUCAAGAUCCAAACGAAGAGUCCAGAGUGGAUUGGAGAGGCAUAUGCAAAUCGAGGGUUGAGUUGGACAGGAACUGGAGAUGGGGCAGGUGUCGGGAUGGGUGGAUAGCCCCGGCUGAUAACGCUGUCUGGCGAUUCCAAAUAGAUCCAGAACAGCAGACAACUAUUGUGUCGAGUCGGAUGGGCGGCCUUGUGAUUCAUGACACAAGCCCACAACUUCUCGGUCCGAUCUCUCACAUCCGAGAUGUGCAUCCAGCGGCACAUGUGGAAUUGGCCAUGGGGCAUGUAGUUUUUGACAUCGGCGAGGUCAACCUCACUCUUCAGGUUUACCGUACACAAUCGGCUAUCAAUCGCUCGAAUCAUCCUACUCCCGCUCCUAAUCAACGACCUCGUCUGACCGCCUCGGCGGUAGGCUCACCGGGAUUCAACGGCAAGACUUGGGCUCGGGCACUGCCUCGUGGACAUCUACUCUACUACCGUACCAUCUCCCCGCCCACUGAAUGUCACGCGUUCCGAGCCAGGGUCGAUCGUGAGGGACAGAAGGAGAGAGCCGUGUUGGCCACAGCCGGCUCCGAAGCCUUGUACAUUUGGGAUCUGGACGAUGCAAGCCGGGUUGAGCGGAUCUCCAUACCCCAGGGGCAGAGACACUCGGUGCAAUACGUGGAAUUUGACGAAGAGUAUAUCUUUGUCUGCUCAUUGCUGCAAAUGCACAUCUAUUCCCGCAGAACUCGGACACACAUCUUGUCCUUCCCACCAGAUCCGGAGAAUAUUUACACAACUGCUUCGCAGGCGUUCGCGCUCGACACUCUCCACGAUGUUGCUCCUGUUCAAUCGCCGAAUGGGCGUAUGGCUAUGGGGCGGGCCGAAUUGACCGCCACCGAUCGGGGGAGUGACGUGUGGCGACGAGUUCUCGAGAGAUCCACAGAAGCAGGCUUGACGAGGCAGCGAGGCUCAGACUCAGUCGUCAUGGACUUUACAGCAUGUCACUACACUCCCACGGAUCUCAUCUGCACCGCCAGACUCGGGGUCAUCCUCAUUGUCCGAAACUACCGCGCCGCCUUGGCCAGCCCAAGCUUUGAAGAGAGGCAAAGAAGAGUAGUCGAUAGUACCGUUUGGCUGGGCACUGGUUCCGCGGUCCAUCUGCUGGCGGUGCACGACACCCAGGUCGCGGCGGUCAUGUCCACCGCUCUCAUCUCGUUUGACACGCGAUCUCUGGCUUCGACACCCCCCCACCUAAACGUUCAUGCUCCGCUGGGUAUGCACCCAGAAGGCCUCUCAUUGGCUUCAUGUGUCCAGAUGGAUCGAAAAAAAUUAUACUUUUCAUAUUGGGCGGCAGGCGAACAUGAGGCGAAUCCGCAUGCUCAGCUGCCCAUGGAGGCAUUGCAGGCCUCUGGCAUGUGUAUCCGCGUGUUGGAUUUUAGUGUCCCGGCUAAUUGACCAGGAAAAUAUUCGCUCAACCCGCUUGUGGAAAGAAAAUGGUCAGAUUGGCAACCCGGUCGCCCACCGGGAGAUGAAAAGUCUCAAUACAGCGCUUGCAUAUUUUCGAUCAGCGGUAAUCUAUUUCGAGGUAUUUUCAGUCCUUGUUUGGAGCGGUUUCAAUACCAGCGUCGCAGUCUUGAUGCAGCCAUUGCAGUCCAGAUCCGAUCCGCUGCACGUGGUUGAGCGAUUUCUCAAAAGACACAUUUCGGUGUGCGGGAUUUGCCUACGUUCACGUGUUGGAGGAAAAAGCACGAAAGCGCCCUAUAUAACCACAUACUGAUGGUGGUGACCUCGAUCCCCC